GCAUUAUCCUGUCCUGAUUUGCAGUCUGGCACUCGUUAUUUGGCAGCAUAGGCUCCUGCCGUUAGUCACUUCUCGCUGAUCAGAAAAAACGUCAUGGCUGGUGGCGAGGAGAAAGCCGUAGAGAAGGCAGGUGAUGCUGACGUGGACAUGGCGGAAGGCCCGGAUUUAGGGAAGUCAGACUCAGAUUUAGACGACGGUGGUAAUGGCGAAAAGGAGGACAUGGAGGACAGCGAUAAAGAUGAUAGCGAGGAUGACGAUAGCGAGGAUGAGGCGAAGGAGGCAGCGGAGGAGGCGGAGCGAAAGGCUCUGAUUGGCGAAGUUAAAGGCCGCAUCGCAUCGAAUCCGUACGACUAUCAGGCUCACGUUCAGCUGAUCGCCCUUCUGCGGCGCAGCAGCAUGCUGGAGGAGCUGCGGGCAGCACGGGAGGCCAUGAACGCGCUGUAUCCGCUGUCCCCCGCCAUGUGGCAGCAGUGGGCGCACGAUGAGACCAGCCUCAUUGCCUCAGAUGCUGACGUGGCAAAGGUGGAAGCUCUGUACCAGCGUGGAGUGGAGGAGUAUGUGUCCCCCUCUCUCUGGCAGGCUUACCUCUCGUUCCUCACGGCCCACCACCCCGCCAUCACCACACGCACGCCCGAGGGCCUCAAGCUGUUCAGGGGCACAGCAGAGCAGGCGUUAACCCAGGCUGGGUUGCACCUGGGGGAGGGCGCAUCUGUCUGGGGGACGUACAGGGGACUUGAGAUGGAGGUCUUGAUAAAUGUGAGGAAAGGGGAGGAGGAGGGGAAGGGGGGUUUGGGAGAGGAGGAAAGGACGAAGCAGGCCACCCGGGUGCGCGCGCUUUUCCAUCGCCAGCUGGCGGUGCCUCAUUUGCAGCUGCCUGCCACGCUGGCCGCGUACCUGGCUUGGGAGGAGAAGGAAGGAGGGGAGAAGCUUCCUGCUGACCCUCCUCCGCCCUCCUCCGCCGCCUCUCCCUCUUCCCCGGACGCUCAGAAGCUUCCAGGAAGCGUCAAGGCGGCGUAUUUGAAAGCGGAAAAGAUGGGAGGGGAAGGUGGUGCAGGUGGUGGGAGUGGUGGUGGUGCUGUGGCUACUUUUGACAAGAGUGAUGAGCUGAUGCUGGCAUACACGGAGUACCUGGCGUUGGAGGCGGCCAGUGGCGACAUGCCACGUCAGCAGGCCAUGCACGAGAGGAUGGUCACGGCUCUGCCUGUGGUCUUUGACGUGUGGCUCAAGUACAUCGACCUCGUUGACCACAAAUUGAAGGUGCCUUCUGUAGUGCGCUCAGUUUAUUUCCGGGCAGCCCGAAACUGCCCGUGGGUCGGCUCUCUUUGGACUCGCUACCUCCUUGCACUUGAGCGACUGGGGGCCGCUGAUGCUGACAUGGCAGAGGUCUUCGAGAAGGCCCUUGUGUCUGGCGUCCAGUCUGCAGAUGAGUAUUUCGACAUCUUCCUCACCCGCUUGGAUGGCUUGAGGCGCCACCUGCUGCCUCCUGAGUCUUCUAAAGGCGCUCUUAAAGGGGCGUCUCUUAGCGAGGAUGAAAGGUCAAAACUUAAAGACACUCUUCGGGCUACUUUCGAGCGCGCCUCUGCCUUCAUGGCGUCUUACUUCCCCGACCACCAGCAAGCGCUGCUGCAGCUGGCGGGGUACCAGGCGCACAUUGAGGCUCACUUGGCGGGGGCAGCAGGCGCAACUGGAAUGGUGGGAGAAGGUGGUGCAGCUGGGAGGGGCGUUUGGGAGCAGUUCGUGAAGAAGCAUUGAGACUAAAAGGGGGAGCUUUCA